GAUCAUGGUGGCACUGCGCCUACCAUCUAACCACAUCAAUAGUCUCCGGCGAUUCUGAGUCUUCCCUUUGCCCUGUCCUUGCUGGGCUGGGUGGCUGGAGUUUUCUUCCUCACCAUGACAGCACUAGUGAUGUUGUAUUCCUACGACCUUCUCUCGCUGGUCUUGGACCACCACGCUCAGUGGGGCAAUCACCAGCUUUGUUUCCAGGACAUGGCUACAGAUAUUUUAGUUUAUUUACUUGCUGUCAAGACCAAAUGGGAGCAUGCAGCAUUGCGAAUUUGUGAUUAUUUCAGGGUGCAAAUUCCGUCCUUCCACUCCUUAAGGCACAUUAACCUUGUCUCUCAAAUCCUCUGCCUCUCCUGCACUGCUUCCCACUGCUGGUUCCAUAUACAUCGCCUAAAAAGUUGUGAGCCUGAAUUCCUUGUGGCCACACCUGAGAGACUUUUGGAGCUUAUUUCCUUGAAGGCCAUUGACAUAUCUGGUGUCUCCUUAUUGGUUGUUGAUGGACUGGACACUCUCUGUAAAGGAGGCUACCUUGAUAUGAUUAAAUCUAUUAGGCAGUCAAUUUCUGGAAAUCCCCAUGCGGUUGUUUUCAGUGAAUGCUCAAGCUGUACCUCUGUUCCAGGUGUAGAAGAUCUCCUUAGAGGAUCAUACUGUAGAUUACCUCUUAAGGGUUCAAUUAAUAAUCAAAGUGCUUGCAUUGCUCAGUCUAUACAUGCGUGAAGAAAAACUACUAAAGUUUGCUUUGCUUGAUCAUAAACAAAAAGCUGGAACUCAUCUGGAUGCUCAGAAGAUGGGAAAGGAUGAAAUUUUCGAUGAAUUUCCCAUCUUCUCAGAAAACCAGAGGACAAUUUUUUCACUCACAAAAGGAAAAGUAGAAGUAUCAGCAUGGGUUUUGUUUCCCUUCUGCUGUUUAACACUGGCAUGCUGCUCAUUUGAGGUCAAAUUUUGACAGCAGAACAACUCAGCCGUUGGUGAUUGAUUCAGAGCACAUAAGCACCACCUAGAACAGUUCGUGAUCUUGACUUCAAAUUGGCCAUAUCCAAUUCUCGCAGAGAUGGGCGGCUGCACUUUCAAUUGUU